AUGUCUGAAGAAUAAUCACAAUCAAAAAAGAGUUUACCUUAAACUGAUUUUGAAUUUUAAUAGUCUAAAGAUAAUGAAACACUAAUAAAAAAUGCCCCAUUAUAAAUUGAUGAACAUUCAUUAUAUUAGAAACCAUUAGACCUAUAUAUGGUUUGCACAGGUUAAGAUGAUUUAAAUGGUUAGUUAGAACCAUUAAAUGUGUAUACAUAAACUAUUUAACCAAAGAUUCAUCAAAUAUUUAACGGAUAGGCUUAUUACACUUAUUUUGAUGAAGCAUCUUAUAGAAACUUAGGAUCACUAAGAAAUAUAAAUGAAAAAGAUGGGCUGAUAGGUUAUUAUAGCAGUAAAAAGCAAGGAAAUAUUCUUCAAAUGCUUGUCUGUGUCACUAUGUAUAGUGAAGAGAGAAACUUUCUUGAAUAGACUCUUCUUCAUAUACAAAAUAAUCUCAAAGGAUUUUAAGAACUUGGAGUUUAAGAUUUUUAGGUAGUUGUUGCCGUUAUCUAUGAUGGAAUCAUGAAAGUAAAAGAAGAAGUUGUUGAUUUUUAUCUUGAAAUUGAUUCAGAAAAUGGUUACAAUCUUGAUAAAAAUUUAAAAAGGAGAAGAGAAGUUAUUUAGAGCUAAAUGGACUAUCUAACAUUUACUAAUUAAUCUCAUCUCUUAGAUACAAAUGAAGGUCUUCCCCCAACUAUACCUAAAUAAAUAUCUUUAUUGUAUUAAAACAAAUUUCAAUUAUAUCUUUAAGAUGAAAAUAACCGCGAUUCUAAAGUAUAAAUAAUUUGCCCUCAAAAUCCUCUAUUUGACACUUAUCAUCCUACCUUAACAGUAUUUUCUCUCUUUAAACAUAAAAAUGCAAAAAAGUUAUCUUCUCAUUUAUGGUUCUUUGAAGGUUUGUGUCGUUAAACAAGGCCUAAGUAUGUUUGCUUUGUGGAUGCUGGAACAUUACCUUCUUAAUAUGGUAUAGUCAAAUUUUACUAAGCAAUGGAGGGAAAUUAAACAAUAGGAGGAGUAUGUGGCUUCUUGGGAUUAGAAGAACCACCUGAAGGAGGAGGAGGAUAAAGUAAAUCUGAUAAUGAAAAAUUAGUAAAAUUAAAAAAGAAUUUGAAAUAAUUAAAAGAGCUAGCAUAAGUCCAAGAAUAUGCGAUUGGCCAUAUCAUAGAUAAAAACUUUGAUUCUUUUUUAGGAUUUAUGCAUGUGCUACCAGGAGCUUGGUCUGCUUACAGGUAUGAUGCUCUGGAAGUAAGAAAGGGUGAAAAAUCUAAUUUUAUGCAAGAUAGCUACUUUAAAUCUGUUUUGAAUCCUGAGCUAUUAACAGAUGACAUCAAAGAAGCAAAUAAAUUUUUAGCAGAAGAUAGAAUACUUUGUCUAGGUAUUAUUUCAGCUAAAGGUUCUAAUUACAUAUUAAAAUAUGUCCCUGAAGCACUUGCUGUAACAGACUCACCUGAAACAUUAGAAGAAUUCAUACACUAACACAGAAGAUGGACAAACAGCAUGAUUUUUGCACUCAACCAUGUUUUAUAAAAUUAUAAAGCCAGUAUUUAAGGCAGUAAGCAUUCAAAGUUUUAUAGUAAAAUUUGCUUACCUGUUAAUAUGCUUUUUGCUUAUCUUGGAUUAGUCAAUUAUAUUAUAUUGCCAUCGUUUUUUUUAUUUAUGGUAAUAUUAUCAGGAUAUUAAUUUUACAUUCCAUCCAACAUACAUGGAAUUGCUUUAAUUAAUGAAAAUCUUGCACAAAAUAAAUGCUAAAUAGAUUAUCAACUUAAAGAAUUUGAUUUACAAUGUAAUUCUGAAAUAAAAUCAAAUUGCUAUUUAGAUUGUUUAACUGGGGAGCUUAACAUUUAUCAAAAGUAAUUUAACACUUUACAUAUAAUACCAUUAAAAAUUAUUAUCUAAAAUUAGGUUUUUUAAUAUGUUGAUGAAAACUCUUCCUUUUGUUGUAUAUGCUUGUCAUUUAAAAUGAAAAAAUAAAAUAUUUCUGAGUAUUUGAAACUAUUUAAUUAUGUUUUAACAUUAGAAGAUAAGUAGAAUAUAUCAUCUUACUAGUAACAGCUCAAAGAAAGAAAAAAAACUCCCAAAUAAAUAGAAGCUUGUUCAAAUAAUUUAAUUUUUAAACUUGGAGAAAAAAGAUUGAAAGAUCUUAAAAUUAUAUUUGAUUAAAACUAAUCACAUAAGCUUCCAAAAGAUCUUUAGAAUAUAAAAUCAGAAUAUGAUAGAAUAUACACACAAAAGCAUAAUAAUAAAGUUUACAAAAUAUUUGCUUCUCUUUUUUCCAUAGAGGCUUCUAUUUUUAUGAUCAUACUCAGUGCUGCUUUAUAUAUCAACUUAUUUACUCCAGAUAUAUACUCUGAUCUUGGAUUUUAAAUGCUACCAAAAUAGAUGAGAGGCUAUAUAAUCAUAAUUUUAAUAUUUAAAGGGGGUCUUAUUUUACUUAUUCUAUUUCUCCAUACUAUCUUUUAGCCUAAGAUAUUGUGGUUAUUUGUAAAAUCUUACUUUUCUUAUAUUUUAUACUCUCCAGUGUAUUAAAUAUACCUAACAAUUUUCUCAUUCUGUAAUCUUGAUGAUGUCACAUGGGGUACAAAAGGCUUGCAAAAUUCAACACAAAAUUAAACAUUUUUAACUGACAAAGUUAGGUAUGUGAAGUAUUGGGUGUUUCUGAAUUCUUCUUUAAUAAUAGCAUUCCUUUGUGCUAGCUUAAUACCAUUAGAUAAAACUCCAUAUGUGAUUAUUGGAAUAGGUAUAUAUGAUUCUCUUUACAAUUCAGUUAGAAUUAUAGGUAAAUUAUAUAAUAUAAUUUAUUAAGUAUGA